AUGAGCUUGGACCGACUCGAGGUGAAGCACCGAGAUAAGUUCAAGUGCUAUUUUGACAUCACCAUCGGCGGCGAAGCCGCGGGGCGAGUCACUAUGGAGAUUCGCGGCGACGUCACGCCCAAGUGCGGGGAGAACUUCAGGCAGUUGUGCACCGGUGAGGCUGGAUUCGGAUACAAGGGUUCUCCGUUUCAUCGCGUGAUCCCGGGUUUCAUGUGCCAAGGUGGGGAUUUCACCAACCGCAACGGCACGGGCGGCAAGUCCAUCUUCGGCAACAAGUUUGAAGACGAAAACUUCACCUUGAAGCACACGGGACCGGGGAUUUUGUCCAUGGCGAACGCCGGACCGAACACGAACGGCUCGCAGUUUUUCUUGUGCACGGCUGAAACCGCUUGGUUGGACGGUAAGCACACCGUCUUCGGCUCCGUCAUCGACGGCAUGGACGUCGUUAAGAAGGUUGAAGCCGUUGGCUCGCAAUCCGGCGCCACGUCCGCGGAAGUUCUCAUCGCCGAUUGCGGCGAGCUUUAG